AUGGCGCACGUCUUUGGUGAUAAUGAGAAGGAAUCGGAUUUUGGCUACGUGUACAAGGUCUCAGGUCCCUUGGUUAUAGCUGAAAAUAUGCAUGGGGCUGCAAUGUAUGAGCUGGUCCGUGUGGGUCAUGAUAAACUCGUGGGCGAGAUCAUUAAGCUCGAGAAUACCAAUGCUUCGAUUCAAGUAUACGAGGAUACGUCUGGCUUAACUGUGGGUGAUCCUGUGGAGCGUCGCAAACAGCCACUGUCUGUAGAGCUUGGACCUGGUAUCGUGGACAACAUCUUUGACGGUAUUCAACGUCCUCUGCACUCGAUCAGUGAAUUAACCAAAGACGUGUAUAUUCCUCGUGGUGUGGAUAUACCUUCACUGAAUGCUGAUAAGAUGUGGCGUUACAAACCUGUUAAUUUCCGUGAGGGAGAUCCGAUUUCAGGCGGAGACAUUUUUGGCCUUGUCCAUGAAAAUGAUAUCUUGCAUUCUCAUAAGAUCAUGUGUCCACCCAAUGUCUUUGGUACAGUGGUCAAGAUUUAUGGUGCUGAUACAGACAAUAAUGAGCAAUUUACGCUGAAGGAUACGGUGCUUGAAGUGCGGAAUGAUACCACUGGCGUCACGCACAAGCUAGGACUUGCGCACAUGUGGCCGGUGCGUAAACCACGUCCAGUAGUGGAAAAGCUGGCAGGCAAUGUCGCACUGACAACGGGUCAGCGUAUCAUUGAUGCUUUGUUCCCGUCUGUACUGGGUGGAACUUGUGCUGUGCCCGGUGCUUUUGGCUGUGGCAAGACGGUUAUUUCGCAAGCCCUGUCGAAGCACUCGAACUCCGAUGCAAUUGUGUACGUGGGUUGCGGUGAGCGUGGUAACGAGAUGGCUGAAGUAUUGAACGAAUUUCCCGAGCUAACAAUGACUGUCAACGACCGUGAGGUGCCGAUUAUGAAGCGUACGACGCUGGUGGCUAACACGUCGAAUAUGCCUGUGGCUGCCCGUGAGGCUUCGAUCUACACUGGUAUCACGCUGGCCGAGUACUUCCGUGAUCAGGGGAUGAAUGUAUCGAUGAUGGCUGACUCUACGAGUCGUUGGGCUGAGGCUCUGCGUGAAAUAUCGGGUCGUCUGGGUGAAAUGCCUGCUGAUAGCGGUUACCCGGCCUAUUUGGGUGCUCGUCUGGCUGCUUUCUACGAGCGUGCUGGUCGAGUGGCAUGUCUGGGUAGUCCAAAGCGUGAGGGUAGCGUUACUGUCGUGGGUGCCGUAUCGCCCCCUGGUGGUGACUUUUCUGACCCUGUAACGGCAGCUACUCUAAGUAUCGUGCAAGUCUUUUGGGGUCUGGACAAGAAGCUCGCUCAGCGUAAGCAUUUCCCGUCCGUAAACUGGCUGAUCAGUUAUACAAAGUACAUGCGCGUGUUAGAGCCAUUCUUUAACAAGAUUGACCCGGAAUACUCAAUGCUGCGUACAAAGUGCCAAGAAAUUUUGCAAAAGGAAGAUAAUUUGACUGAAAUCGUCCAGCUUGUUGGGAAAGAGUCGCUAUCUGAGGAUCAAAAGGUGAUUAUGGAAGUGGCCAAGAUUAUCCGUGAGGAUUUUCUCCAGCAGAAUGCUUUCUCGGACUAUGACUUUACGUGCCCUUUGGUCAAGAGUGUGGGAAUGCUACGAUCGAUCAUCCUGUUUUACAAUCUAAGUCAAAAGGUCAUUGCUGACUCUCCACCCGAUGCAAAGGUGACAUGGGCACAGAUCAAGACGUCCAUGAAUCCAGUACUGCAAAAGAUUAUUCAGGCCAAGUUUCAAUUGCCCAAGCAGCCAGAAGCUGACCUCAAGGCGUUUUUUCGUGGAUUGGACGAAGACGUGGAACAGGCUUUUCAGACGUUGUCGGACUAA